AUUUCUCUGCCAAAUUCCCUUCCUUUCGGUCCCUUAUAUGGCUGUUGUCCAAUGAGCCCAUAGCAACAUACAUCGCCGGCUAGCUGGACUCCAUUGCCCCAAGCAUAGUAGAGCAUGACGAUGAUGAUAGGCGUCUCAUCCAAGGUGUUAUGGACUCGGCGGCCAUGGAGAUGGGCCAAGACUCUCUUCUUCCUGCUAACCAUGGUGGCCUCCCUUCUAGUUGUUUGCGCCCCUCCUCUUUUAAUCGUGAUUCUCGACCUCCUGGUCCCAACUGCCCUGGUAUCCACCUCUUCCGAUCCGGCCUUUCCCUCUGCACCGCUCGCAGCCCAGCUGAAGGAUUUCAAUUUCCGGACUUCGCUGGUCGACGUGCCCAUCAUAUCCGCAGCCAGAUCCCUCCUCAUCCUAUGUGUUUAUGUGGUUUGUGGCGGACGGGGGCUGUACCUGGGGGUGGCGAUGCUGUGUGGCUUUGGUUCGAUGGGGUACGUGUUGGUUAAGGGUAUCGGGAUGUACGGGGCGGCGGCCUCCGUGCGAGGGGAAGGGAGCCAGGUGAGGGUUGACGGGAUGGACGGCGCGGCGGCGAUGGAGGGCUUGUUUUUGAGCUCGGCGGCGCUGGCGAUGGCUCACAUCCUGGUGGCCUACCGGACCGUCUGCCGGGAGAGGCGCAAGUUGCUUGUCUAUAGAAUUGACGUCGAAGCGGUGGCAACGUGCAAAAAUGACUUCCCUAGCUACCAUAAAAUUGCACUUAGUAAGUGAAGGCAAGAAAGAUUUUUUGUAUCUCUAAAGGGCAUAUCCAAGGAGCAUGUAAAUUGCAAGGAAGCUUUCAAUGUUACAUGCCAAGAUUUAGUUCGAUCCAUGCCAUUUCAAAUCAAAGUGAUUUUCCUACCAUUUGAUUUCGUCAACACAGCUAUCAGUUGUAAGUAGUCAAUUUUGUAGCGGUACGAUAGCUGUGUACAUUCAUGUCUAUGUUCAUCUUGUAUACUUGUAUUUUAUUUGAUAACGGUGUGUGUGUAUAUAUAUAUUCUUUAUCAUUCUUUUCUUCAAACGGAAUCUUAUAUAUGGAUGUUCAGAUAGUAGCCUGAACCAUCCCUCUAACCAUGUAGCAAUGGAAGAAGCAGAGCCGGAUACCGACUGGGCCGGGCUGGUUCUGGAUCUCUUCAUUUGGUUGGACCCAAUAGACUGGAUCUCUUCACAGCCCAAGCCUGCGUUGAGGGUCGUGGCGGAAGGUGAAUGUGACUUGCCGACGGUGAUCGGGGGGCCGUGUGUUUGAGAGCCAUGAAAUAGAGAUGAUUUUUUACAAAAAGACUUAUGUUGGGAUGGCGUGGGCCUAAUAAUCUGAACCCGGCCCAACCUCAUGGGUGGGAAAUGUUCAGGCUCUUCUUGUUAUUUUUUGUUGUUUUGCUGCACAAAUAGCCCCACUUCUUUGUUUCCAGCCUCUAGCUAGGAGUAAAGGAAGUUCACGUUCCGGGAGAGGUUAAUGAAGCUGAAGACCUUUCUAACUUAGCCAAUGGAUCCUAGCAUUGGUAUGAGAGUGAGAAAAAAUAAUCAAACAUCAACAAUACGCCUUAUUUUUAUUAAAAUUUGUGGAGCAUUUGUAUUUGAAAACUUUGAACAAGGGGUUACGUUGCACAAUUUUGUAAUGCCUCAAGAGUACCUGAUCA